CUUGAGAUGGUCAACCAAAGAUAGUUUGCACGAUGAACUUCAUAAUGAAAUAUCUAUCAAAUGCUUUACCUUCUCCAAGUUUUAUCCUUUGAAUCUCCAUUGUUCAUAGCUUAUCACCAAAUACCGAGUUCUUAUACCGGGCAAAUAACCACCAUUAUCAUAACAGCCUCAAUAUAAGAUGUCAGCUUAUAUCGCCAUUGGAGCUGUUGCUGGAAUAGUUGUUAUCUUAGUCAUCAUAAUAUCAGUUUGCUGCAUGUCCUCAGGAAAAACAAAGACAGAAGCAGAUAUUCUUCCAGCAGAGACAUUCGAAGCAUAUGAAAACCCUAUAUGGAAGAAAACAGAGGUUGAGCACCGAGAGUCUCUAGAAAGCUUAGCCAACAUAGCCCAAUCUAUGAAAGUGUAUAAUUUUAUGGAGUUGCAGUAUGCAACAGAUGAUUUCAGUCCUGGUUCCCAAAUUAAAGGCUCUGUUUACCGGGGUAAAAUGAAUGGUGAUCUGACUGCCAUUAAGAAGAUGAAAAGGGAUGUGUCCAAGGAGAUAAAUUCCCUGUCCAAGAUCAACCAUUUCAACCUUAUACGUGUUCUAGGUGUUUGUUUCAAUGAAGGGCGCUGGUAUCUCAUCUAUGAGUAUGCAUCGAAUGGGCCUCUGAACGACUGGAUAUUCAGCAAUAAUACCAAUCAGAAGUUCUUAAGUUGGACACAGAGGAUGCAAAUUGUGCUAGAUGUUGCUAGAGGGCUUAACUAUAUUCACAGCUAUAAUAGUCCUCCCUAUGUCUACAAAGAUUUUAAGAGCAGUCGCGUUCUCCUUGACAUUGAAUUCAGGGCAAAGAUCAGCUAUUUCAGCUCAGCAAGAUCAGCAGAAGGACAAAAAGAAAAAAUUGCAUCUGAACAAGUUUACCUUUCACCAGAGUAUAGAGAGAAAGGCCAACUAUCAACAAAACUAGAUGUGUAUGCUUUUGGGAUGCUAAUGCUAGAGGUGCUCACAGGAAAGAAAGUUGCUAAUCUAUGCGAAAGAUUAGAUGGGAAUGUAUCAGAUGUUUUCGUGGGUGUUUUUGAUGAAACAAAGGGAAAGGAUCGGCUAAAGAGCUUGAUGGAUCCUUCUCUAAAAGGGAAUUAUCCUUCUGAAUCUGCUAUCUCUGUAGCAAGACUAAUCGAACUUUGCCUGAAUAAAGAUCCGUCAAGCAGGCCAGAUAUGGAGGAAAUUGUAAAGUCUCUCUCAAAAGUGUUGAGUACGUCAAUGACCUGGGAAUCAUCGCUGUAAAUUCAAGGCAACAGUUUUGCAGAGCUUUCAGGGGACC